AAGAAUAAUUGUAAACAAACAGAACGCUACGCAGGUAUAGGCUUUUAUAAAGAGGAUGGCAGAUUUUAUCGAAAGCAUGGAAGACUGGCAAGGAGAGAGAAAUCUGGUUGACUGUAACCGCUUCAUGUUUCAAAACCAGAUCAAUUGUGAUGUUACCUUUCUGCUUGGCUUGAAGCGGGAAGCAAUCUCAGCACACAAGUACAUGCUUGUGUGUCGCAGUUCAGUUUUCCAGUCCAUUUUCUGUGGAACCAUUGCUGGAGACAAAAAUACUAUACCAGUGUCGGAUGUAGAGCCGGACACAUUUAGAGGGCUACUGCUAUACAUUUACACAGAUGAAGUAAAAGUUGAUGACAGUAAUGUGAAGGACUUGCUGUAUGCGGCCAAGAAGUAUGCUGUCAAGGGGCUGGUGGAGCAGUGUCUUAACUUCCUCCAUUCGUCAAUAACAGUAGAUAAUGUCUGCACAAUACUUGAAAUGGUACACAUGUAUAAUGGCAAAAACAUUGAGGGAAAGUGUAUAAGCUUUGUUCAUGAACAUGCCAAGGAGGUUCUCAAAUCCCGCACAUUCACAAAACUGUGCCAGACGUGCGUGCAACAGAUUAUUCAAUCAGACGAGAUGAUACUUGAUGAGAAGACAGUUUUGGAGGCAGUGCUGAAGUGGGCGGAGUUAGAGUGUCGGAGGCGGAACUUGUCAGUAACUGACGAAAACCAGCGUACAGUUCUUGGUCCAAUCCUGUAUCACAUCCGGUUCCCGCUGCUUGACUCGGUCUACUUUACGAAUUCCGUAUCAUCACGAGAUCUUCUCUCAGAGCAGGAGAUAAUUUCCAUGUACCAGUUCUACAAUGGUCGAGCUCAGCAAUCCAGCUGGAAAUUUAGUGCAAGGAAGAGGAGGGGGUUUUCCUUACACAGUGUACUCAGGUACAGUUUCAUUUCGAUGGAGGGGUUCCAUAAGUCUUCAACGGAGGAAAAAGAUGUGAUAAGAUUCUCAUGCUCUGAGCCCAUUCUUCUACAUGGAGUGAUCGUUUAUGGCUCCAUUGAUGACAAUGCUGAGUAUGAUGCCCGCAUUGAAUUGUCAGCUGAUGAAGACAAAGGAUUGCUUGAUUCUUGCUUUAAUCGAUUGAGCACAACAAGAAUGGAGCACACCUAUGAGAUUAUGUUUUCUAAACCGGUUUCACUACAGACAGGAAAGCAGUAUAUGGUGUCACUUCAGAUGACCGGGCCGCCAACAAAAUUGGGGUCAGGGGGAAAAGUUGACUGUGUCUCCGAAGGGGUUACGUUUCAUUUCCUGAGUAAGACUGGUUCUCGUACGACAGUUGAGAAAGGGCAAAUUCCUGGUCUACUAUUUACAGCCUUGACAAAGCAAAAGUCUACCAGUAGUGUUGCUUCUAACAAAUGAAGUGUCCCUCUAAAAAGGACUAAAUUAAGUUGAUCAGUGUUAGUAUUAAACUGUAUUUUAACAUGUACUAUUAGAAAUCUAGUUCUCCACAAAUAUGUUCUAAAACCAUUGAGAAGAAGUUGUCAUUAUUUUCAUUUUAAUAUGAAAAUAUAUUAGUAACAAAGUUGCAGAAAUUCAAAGUCCCGUCUUGGAGUGUUUAAGAAUUGCACAAAGGUGGGACAGUCAUGUGACAGGAAUCUAUUUUUAACUCAUGCUAUUCACUUCCUUAGCAACAGGGGUUAUGGAGUUCAUCACUAUGGAUACAAUUUCUGACUGAAGUGCAUUCGCUUACAUUAACUUUUCAAGAAAUGAUAUGCAGUAAGUGAUACAUAUUGUCAUGAGAUAUGAUAUAAAUGACUCAUAUUAUACUUUGCACUGUUUAUAGUAUAUAUUUUUUUACAUCUACUGUGAAGCAUGCAUUAUAUUAAUCACUCUCCUUGGCACAAUGUUACACAAAAGUGUGGUCUUGUGUUGUGGGGGAAAACGGAGUACCCGGGGGAAACCCACUUGUCCGGCUUGGUGGGCACAAACCAAACACUAAUUUAAUGAACAGGUUUAAAUCACUUACAACAGAUAAGCUCACUAUUUGUAAUAAGGUAUAAAUUGUGUUAUAUUUUUAUAUUGAAGAAUUUUAAGAUUUCUAAAGGAAAUUGUUAUGAUGAUAAUCUUGGCAAACUAUUUUUUUUUGGUGAAAUAAAUAUAAAGUAUUUUGACUGAACGAAAUAGAAGAUGAAAUAGAAGAAAUUAAACUUUUUACGCUCAAUUUUUUGGAGAUGAAUGUCAUAUAUUAAUAACUUGUUACUUGUUAAUUUCUUGUUACUUGUUAAUCAUAUAAAGAUUAUUACUUGUUUCAUCUGUCCAUGCCUGUAAUUUUGCGACAUGUUACUAGAAACACAUAUUAUUUUUUAGGGCAAAUGUUCAUCACUGUGAUAUUGACAUGUAUGUUGUGUAGAGAUGUAUUUUCAUAUGUUUUGCUUGAGGAUGCACUGUUACUCCCAAAUAAGAUUCACCACAAUUAAAUUAUAAUUGUUUAAAUAUUCCAGAAAGGAUGAAUAAAUGUCGAACACAAUGGUUCUUAUGAAGGAUACCAAUUUAAUUCGAAAGAAAUGUGCAGAAAACAUGGUAUUUCUACCUUAUGGAGAUGAUCGUAGAUCACUGUAAAUCUUUUAGCAUUCACCAAUCAUUUAAUAUUUUGGGGUUUUCAGCUUUUAAAUUCAAGGUUACAAUCUUGUUAUUAGUAAUAAAUAUUUUCCAUAAAUGCAUUAUUCAGUAAGUAGUUAAAGACUUAUCACUCAAAAAUUUUGUUUGUUAUAAAUGUGAAUGUAUUGAUUUUGAAUAAGAGUGUCACUUAAAAAAAGUGCACAUUUAGACAACACAUUUGAUAAGACUAAAGUUUG